GAGAGAGAGAGAGAGAGAGAGAGAGAUGAACGCCAUGUCUGAUCCCGCCGUGCAGGACUGAGACUGAGGAAAACCGCCACCCGGGCGAACCGCGACGCGCGCGCAGCGGCCUGUGCGCGGUGUCUGAUCGCGCGCAGGGCGCGAGGGAAGGCCCGGGGGUGGUGGUGGGGGGGGGGAGGCGCGCGGGCGUCUCGGUCAUGGCGGAGAGCGCAGCGGCGGGAAGCGCGCGCGGCUCGGCGGCGGCGAAGGCUCAGCUCCGGUCCUCACCGCGCCUCAAGAAACUCGAGAAACUCGCCGUGUACUCAUCCUGCAAGGGUGAAGGAGCGUGUAAGUGUAAUGGUUGGAAGAGCCAAAAUCCACCUCCUACUCCUCCACCUCCAACCCCACCAAGGGCUGAACAAACAAACUCUGUGAAUCUCCUGGAGCCUUGUCGGAGCUGCAGCCACCCUUUAGGAGAUCAUGUAACGCAUCUGGAGAACGUAUCCGAAGAUGAGAUGAAUAGGUUACUGGGUAUUGUGCUGGAUGUGGAGUAUCUCUACACAUGCGUCCACAAAGAGGAGGACGCCGACACUAAGCAAGUCUACUUCUCCUUGUUUAAGCUGCUAAGAAAAUCCAUCCUGCAAAUGGGGAGGCCUGUGGUGGAGGCUUUGGAGAGCCCACCAUUCGAGAAGCCCAGCAUCGAGCAGGGGGUGAACAACUUUGUUCAGUACAAGUUCAGUCACCUCCCAUCUAAAGAGCGACAGACCAUUGUGGAACUGGCCAAGAUGUUCCUCAACCAGAUUAAUUUCUGGCAGCUGGAGACGCCAUCGCAGAGACGGCAGCGGGUCCCUGUUGAUGAUGCGGCUGACUACAAAAUCAACUACACCAGGUGGCUGUGCUACUGUAACGUGCCGCAGUUCUGCGACAGUCUCCCGCGUUACGAGGCUACGCAGAUCUUCGGUCGCAUUCUGCUGCGUUCCGUCUUCACCAUCAUGAGGAAACAGCUGCUGGAGCAGGCCAGGCAGGAGAAAGACAAACUCGCUCCUGAGAAACGAACACUCAUCCUCACACACUUCCCCAAGUUCCUGUCUAUGUUGGAGGAGGAGGUGUACAGCCCCAAUUCUCCUAUCUGGAAUGAAGACCCAAUGGGUGUUGCACCAGGUGGACAUAUCCCUAGAGUGAUCAGUGCGCCCCAGGUGGCCAGGCAGCUCUACUGCACCACUACGUCCUCACCGGUGGGGCUGACAGGAACAGGCAGUGUGAGUCCCGCACGCAAACCUGCAUCAGCUCUGGAACCUAGCCCAGGUGGAGAGAAGCGAAAGUCCUCUGAACCACUGUCCCAUGACGACACUAAAAAAGCACGUGUCAUGGGUGACAUUCCCAUGGAGCUGGUUAAUGAGGUCAUGUCCACCAUCACAGACCCUGCUGCCAUGCUCGGACCAGAGACCAACCUCCUCUCAGCUCACUCUGCACGAGAUGAGGCUGCACGGCUGGAGGAGCGACGAGGUGUGAUAGAGUUCCAUGUCAUUGGUAACUCCCUCAACCAGAAGCCCAACAAGAAGAUUCUGAUGUGGCUGGUGGGCCUUCAGAAUGUUUUCUCUCACCAACUGCCCCGAAUGCCCAAAGAGUACAUCACACGCCUCGUCUUUGACCCAAAACACAAGACACUGUCUCUGAUCAAAGAUGGCCGUGUGAUUGGUGGGAUCUGCUUCCGGAUGUUUCCUUCUCAGGGCUUCACAGAAAUAGUGUUCUGUGCUGUAACGUCCAACGAGCAGGUCAAGGGUUACGGGACACACCUAAUGAACCACCUAAAAGAGUAUCACAUCAAACACGAGAUCCUCAACUUCCUCACGUAUGCUGAUGAGUACGCCAUCGGCUACUUCAAAAAGCAGGGAUUCUCCAAAGACAUAAAGGUCCCCAAAGCUAAGUAUGUGGGCUACAUUAAAGACUAUGAAGGAGCUACACUCAUGGGCUGCGAACUCAACCCCAGCAUACCAUAUACAGAGUUUUCUGUCAUCAUUAAGAAACAGAAAGAGAUCAUUAAGAAGCUGAUCGAGAGGAAGCAGGCGCAGAUACACAAGGUGUAUCCUGGUCUAUCCUGUUUUAAGGAGGGUGUUCGCCAGAUUCCCAUCGAGAGCAUUCCAGGCAUACGUGAGACGGGCUGGAAACCUUUGGGGAAAAGCAAAGAAGUAAAAGAUCCAGAUCAGCUGUGUAGCACCUUAAAAAACAUUCUACAACAAGUCAAGUCCCACCAGAACGCAUGGCCCUUUAUGGAACCUGUGAAGAAGAAUGACGCACCUGGGUAUUACCAAGUCAUUCGCUUUCCAAUGGACUUGAAGACAAUGAGUGAGCGCCUGAAGAGCCGCUACUACACCACGAGGAAGCUGUUCAUGGCAGACAUGCAGCGAAUCUUCACUAACUGUCGAGAGUACAACCCUCCUGAGAGCGAGUACUACAAGUGCGCUAACCUCCUGGAGAAGUACUUCUACAUUAAAAUUAAAGAGGCUGGCCUUAUCGACAAGUAGAACAGACCCAAGGACUCGUCCUCAAUUUAUUAUUUUUUUUAUCCCUUUUUGCACUUUUUUUUCUGUCCAAAGGCACUCGUGAGACUUUGUUGGCAUCAGUUUUUUGCAACAGAAACUGUUCUACAGAUCGAAAAGCUGUUUCUAUAAAAUUGUUUGUAGCACAAAAACUGUACCUGAGCAGAGCUUCGAAGCUCUCUGGUAGUGUAGUCGAUCUUAGAGAGAGAUGUGUGUGUGUGUGUGUGUGUGUGAGCGCGCGAGUAUAAUCUGCACAAGGACGUCUCCUGCAUCUUCAAUGUUACGCCUGCCAAAAAGAUAACAUUUUACAUGUUUUGACUGAGAAGCUGUGUAUGUAAAUCAACUUUAAAUAAUAGCUGUAUAUUUUCUAUGGUAGCAAGUUUGGCCUCUUGUAGAUGAACAUACUUUAUACGUCAUGAAAGUGACAUCACUCAGAAAAGCCACAUUCUUCUGCUACAAUUUCUAUGUAAAAAAUCUUCUGCACUUAUUUAAAAAAUUGUCCUAAAAACACAAGCGUUUUUAAAACAAAGGGAAAGAAAACGUGCUGAGGGGUUGUUGGCUUUGUAAAGUCUUACUUUGGUCUUAACUUCUAUAUAUAAGUGAUUGGGGGGGGGGGGGGGGACGGACACACAACCCUGUAGUUAAAGGCAACAACAAAAGAAAAUGUGCAAUAACUCGUAGAUUUGUUUUGUAAAAUAUUUGUACUUUUAAAUAUUUAGGAAAACACUUUGUACUAUGUCAUUUUAUAGGAUUAUUAAAAAUGUAGAUCUAACAAACCUCUGGGAAACAUUUGACCUUGAACUUGUGACCUUUUAGUCAUUAGUAUAGAGAAUACAGGUAAAGUCACCUGUGAGUAACGCAGUUGACUCCCCUAUUUCCCCCUGGUUGAUAAAAAUUGAAGAUUUGCAACUGAACUUUAAAUAAUGCACUUGGUUUUAACUGAAAA